UUUAUAGUGAAGAAUCAAUUAUGUAUAUGAGCAUAAAUAAACCACUGAAAAACAAGCGCGGGAGCACAGCACCCAAUGAAAGCAUAAAUCAACCACUGAAAAACACGCGCGGGAGCACAGCACCCUAUGACAAUUCUUGUCUCUCUACUCCUUAUCUCUUUCCCUUCACAAAUCAAAACCCUAGCAAUUACAAUUAGGGCUCCAUUUUCCAUUGCUUACCGUCAUGAUAAGAAUGGAGUCCAGUUUUUCUUCAUCUCAAAUUCGGGCCUCUUUUCCGGCCAAUAGAAGUUGCAGGAAGAAAGAUUUUGGACGGAAAUUCCCUGGAUUUUUCAAUGUGAAAGCAGCUUCCAAGCUUUCUAAGCAAAGGCGGCCUCAAAAUAUAGAGGGAGAGUUCUACGUAGAUGAGAGAUGUAUAGAUUGUGAUACCUGUCGCUGGAUGGCCCCUGUAACUCAAGUUUUCAAACGAAUUGACGAACAGGCGGCUGUGUAUAAACAGCCACUCCAUGGGGAAGAAAGACGUAAAGCUCUUCAGGCCUUACUAAGCUGUCCAACAAGUUCCAUUCAUACUGAGAGUCCCCCAUACGACAUUCAAGAAGUACAGAGGACAUUUCCUAUUCCCAUUGAUGGAAAGAAACUCCCAGGUGUCUACUACUGUGGUUAUCACUCAGAAAAAUCUUUUGGAGCAACAUCGUACUUGAUUGUGCAUCCAGAGGGGAAUAUAAUGGUUGACAGCCCACGAUACACAGAACAUCUUGCAAAACGCAUUGAGAUGCUUGGUGGUGCACGAUACAUGUUCUUGACUCAUAGAGAUGAUGUAGCAGAUCACGCCAAAUGGUCGAGGCGGUUGCGGUGUGACAGAAUUCUUCACUCACUGGAAGUGCAAAUAGACACUGCAGAUGUUGAGAUGAAAUUAGAUGGUGAUGGACCUUGGACCGUUGGUCCCGAUUUUGAGAUCAUAUGCACGCCAGGUCACACUGAGGGAUCAUCCUGCUUAUUCUACAAGCCUAUGAAGACCUUGUUCACGGGGGACCAUAUUGCUGCAAGGUCUGAUAAAAGCUUUAGCAUUUUUGAAAUGUACAACUGUGAUUCAGUUAUUACUCAGCUGGAUAAUGUCCAAAAGCUGUUGGAACUUGACUUUCUGUGGAUACUACCAGGGCAUGGCAGGAGAGCCGAAUUCAAGGACACCAACGAGAAGAAUUCAGCCUUGAUCCACUUUUUAGCUGAUAAAGGGCAUUUUUGAUGCAAGAAUUUUUGUACGGUAAUCGUAACGAUUGGACAGCAUAGAUUGCACUUGUGUAUGGUAUAAAUCUGACAUGAAAUGCAUACGAUGUAGUUUAGUAUAUAUAUGAUAUGAAUGUAUAUAAUGUCGUUUGUGUAUGGUAUGGCUAUGCGGACAAGUACAUAAUAAGAUCAUUUGCCUUUAGCAUGG